AUGUUCGCCAUCUCGGGGUUCCUCACGCGCGACGAGGCGGAGGAGAUCAUACGGGUCGCCGCUCCGGCGUUGCAUCCUUCGCUCGUGGUGAGACACGCCGCCGCCGCCGACGCCGACGCGGCGGCGACGACGGGCGAGACGUCCGAAGGCCGCACGAGCUGGAACGCGCGCGUGGCGUCCACACACCCCGCGGUUCGCGCCGCGGUGCAGCGCGCGUGCUACCUCUCCAACCUCACUCCCGCGCACGCGGAGCCCGCGCAAGUCGUAAGGUACCUCCCUUCUCAGAAAUACGAUCCACACUGCGAUUGGUUCGACCCCGCGGGCGCGACGUUCGAGGAAAAGACCCGGCGCGGCGGCCAGCGCGUGGUGACGCUCCUCGCGUACCUCCGCGAGCCGACGCGCGGCGGUCGGACGACGUUCCCGAAGCUUCAUCUGGGGUUCGACCCCAGGGUGGGAGACGCGGUGCUGUGGUGGAACGUCGACGACGACGGAAAGGAGGAUCCGAGGACGACGCACGCGGGCGAGCCCGUGGAGGCGGGGGAGAAAUUCGCGCUGAACAUCUGGCUGCGCGCGCGUCCGACGCGAGGCGAGGGCGGGGGUGGGGGUGGGGAGGGGGUAGGGGGCGCGGGGGAGGAAGAGGAGGCAUAUGCGGUCGAGGACGACGCGGCCGCGCGAGCGAUAGAGGCGUCGACGUAG